GUCCGGAUGGCGUUUCCACGGACGCCCCGGAGACAACCCGUGGCUGAGCCGGGAGUGCUGACGGGCCCGGCUGGGCCGGGUCCCAGGCAGCCCACCUCUGAUUGGACAGUCUCAUCAAGAAGGUUGGUCAGGAGCUCAAGUGUUUCUGAGAAUCAGGGCGAUUUAUAAGAAAAGCUUAGCUGAAUGCAGGGUGGGGACUGGUAAACAAAAGGAAGAGAAAAGCCUCUUUUUUCAGAAGGGAAACUGAAAGAAAGAGGGGAAGAGUAUUAAAGACCAUUUCUGGCUGGGCUGGGCAUUCUCAGCUGCUCAACUGCCCAGCGUGACCAGUGGCCACCUCUGCAGAGUCUUCCACAACGUGGGAUGAAAUUGAUUCUGCAGUAAAGAUGUUGCUUUCGUUAAAAAUGAGCUACAAAGCUGCCAUGGGGGAGGAUUACAAGGCUGACUGUCCUCCAGGGAACCCAGCACCUACCAGUAAUCAUGGCCCAGAUGCCGCAGAAGCUGAAGAGGAUUUUGUGGACCCAUGGACAGUACAGACGAGCAGUGCAAAAGGCAUAGACUAUGAUAAGCUCAUUGUUCGGUUUGGAAGCAGUAAAAUUGACAAAGAGCUAAUAAACCGAAUAGAGAGAGCCACCGGCCAAAGACCACACCGCUUCCUGCGCAGAGGCAUCUUCUUCUCACACAGAGACAUGAAUCAGGUUCUCGAUGCCUAUGAAAAUAAGAAGCCGUUUUAUCUGUACACGGGCCGGGGCCCCUCUUCUGAAGCCAUGCAUGUGGGUCACCUCAUUCCAUUUAUUUUCACAAAGUGGCUCCAGGAUGUGUUUAACGUGCCCUUGGUCAUCCAGAUGACGGAUGACGAGAAGUAUCUGUGGAAGGACCUGACCCUGGACCAGGCCUAUGGCUAUGCUGUGGAGAAUGCCAAGGACAUCAUUGCCUGUGGCUUUGACAUCAACAAGACUUUCAUAUUCUCUGACCUGGACUACAUGGGGAUGAGCUCAGGUUUCUACAAAAAUGUGGUGAAGAUUCAAAAGCAUGUUACCUUCAACCAAGUGAAAGGCAUUUUCGGCUUCACUGACAGCGACAGCAUCGGGAAGAUCAGUUUUCCUGCCAUCCAGGCUGCUCCCUCCUUCAGCAACUCAUUCCCACAGAUCUUCCAAGACAGGACAGAUAUCCAGUGCCUUAUCCCAUGUGCCAUUGACCAGGAUCCUUACUUUAGAAUGACGAGAGACGUCGCCCCCAGGAUCGGCUAUCCUAAACCAGCCCUGCUGCACUCCACCUUCUUCCCUGCCCUGCAGGGCGCCCAGACCAAAAUGAGUGCCAGCGACCCCAACUCCUCCAUCUUCCUCACUGACACGGCAAAGCAGAUCAAAACCAAGGUCAAUAAGCAUGCGUUUUCUGGAGGGAGAGACACCAUCGAGGAGCACAGGCAGUUUGGGGGCAACUGUGAUGUGGACGUGUCUUUCAUGUACCUGACCUUCUUCCUCGAGGACGACGACAAGCUCGAGCAGAUCAGGAAGGAUUACACCAGCGGAGCCAUGCUCACCGGUGAGCUCAAGAAGGUACUCAUAGAGGUUCUCCAGCCCUUGAUCGCAGAGCACCAGGCCCGGCGCAAGGAGGUCACGGAUGAGAUAGCAAAGGAAUUCAUGACUCCCCGGGAGCUGUCCUUCGACUUUCAGUAGCACUCAUUUUACAUAUGCUUAUAAAAGAAGUGAUGUAUCAAUAAUCCCAGCCCAGUCAAAGCACUGCCACCCGUAGGCUUCUGUCUCAUGAUUAUUAUUGGGCCUGGUCUCUGUAAGCCUAUGUAUGUUAUCAAUACUGUUUCUUCCUGUGAGUUCCAUCAUUUCUGUCUCUCAUGGGCAAAGCAUUGUGGGUGAUCGGUGCUGGCUAACAUUGCAUGGUCAGAUAGAGAAGUCCAGCUGUGAGUCUCUCCCCAGAGCAGCCCCAAAGAGUGGAGCCUUUGGCUGGAAGUCCAUGGACCACCCUGUUCUGGUCCAUGGAGGACUCCGAGGGUUCCCAGUAUACUCUUAAGACCCACUCUGUUUAAAAAUAUAUAUUCUAUGUAUGCAUAUAUGGAAUUGAAAUGUCAUUAUUGUAACCUAGAAAGUGCUUUGAAACAUCGAUGUGGGGAGGUUUAUUGAGCACAAGUUGUAUUUCAGCCCACACCCCCUCCCAAAAGAAAUUGGUAAGUAAAAGCUUUGCUAUACAUUUGACUAAGAAAUCACCCAGCUUUAAAGCUGCUUUUAACAAUGAAGAUUGAACAGAGUUGGGCAAUUUUGAUUAAUUGAGACUUGGGGGUGAAACCGUCCAGUUUACUGAACUCCAGACCAUGCAUGUAUUCCAGUCCAGAAAUCAGCUCACUUCCCUUGGCAUACCAGUAUUCUCCCGCCAAAUGACCCUAGACCCUCUGUCCUGCAGAAUCAGGGUCGCUUUUCCCCUGACUGUGUCCGAUGCCAAGGAGUCCUGGCCUUUGCAGAUGCUUCGUUUUGACCCUUGGCUGCAGUGGAAGUCAGCACAGAGCAGUGCCCUGGCUGUGUCCCUGGACGGGUGGACUUAGCUAGGGAGAAAGUUGAGGCAGCAGCCCUCGAGGCCCUCACGGGUGUCUAGGCAGGCCUCAUUUCAUCAUGCACCAUGAGCAGGUCUGGAAGAGCAAAGCCAAAUCUCAGGGAAGCCCUUGGUUGAUGUGUCUGGGUCUCCUCUGGAGCGCUCUGCCCUCCUGUCACCCAGUAGAGUAAAUAAACUUCCUUGGCUCCCGC